AUGGAGCCGUCACAUCUCCUAAUCGUCAGUUCCUGCUGUCCUCCAAAUCCAAAGUCUAGACUCUACAGCCACAUCGAAGAGCAUAUGCCAGAUACGAAAAUUAUCCCUUUCGACAGGAGGCACUGGUCUGAAGUCGAAGGACUCGACCAUAUCCAGACCCUCGCCUUCCGAGAGGACGCAGAGGCCGUCAAAGUGGCUGUCGAAGGAAGCUUCUUCGCCACAUGUUCUUUUUCUGCGGCGGUGGAGUUUCUGGAAGUAGAGUUUUCCCUACGCAUCAUCCCCAACUCCCUUCGAGUGCGGUACCAGCCAUCCGAGGACACCAUGAUGAUCGACGUUUCCGCGAUUAUUUCACUCGAGAUCCUGCAGAACCUACGUGCUUCAAAGUCCAAAGAUUCCCUGUUCGGUAUCCUCAAGCACACGAGGACGCCAAUGGGCAGCCGAGUCCUGCGUAGCAACCUCCUUCAGCCAUCGACCCUCAAGGAUUCAUACCUCGAGCCACGCUACGAUGCGUUGGACGAGCUUCUUUCGAAUCAUGAGAUGUUUUUAGGUGUUCGGGAAGCGCUCAAGUCCAUCCCAGACAUCGAAAGUGUGCUAACUCAGCUCGUAAUUAUACCAAACAAGCCAUCCGUAGAGGCAUCCGAGAGAGCUAUAAACCAUGUUCUCAUGGUCAAAACAUUUCUGGACGCCGUACCUUUUCUCUAUCAGACACUAGAGCCAGCCACGAGCCCCCUUCUGAUCAAAAUAAGAGAUCUCUGUCGACCUGGACUCACAGAAACAGUCAAAAAUCUCAUUUACCAGGACAUUAUUGAAGAUGUCACAUAUGUGAAGUCUGCCCUCGACCUCCGAAACCAGAGAACCUUUGCAGUGAAGUCUGGGGUCAAUGGUCUUCUCGAUGUCGCCCGGCAGGCUUAUAAAGAAAACACGAACGACGUGCACAGCCAUGUGGAGGAGCUAAGCAAGGAAUACGGCAUCGAAGCCGACCUCCGGUAUGACACGAGCCGUAAGUAUUGGAUACGGCUACGGGCUGUGGACUUUGAGGAUCGGCAAAUACCUCCGGUGCUUGUCAAUCAGACACGAAAGGGCCCCCACAUCGAAUGCUUGACUAUGCGACUCAAGAAACUCAACCAGAGGAUCACCGAUUCUGUCGCUGAAGUGGUAAUGCUGAGCGACAAAGUGAUCCAGGACCUCAUUGACAGUGUUCGGACCCAGUUGCAGCCACUAUAUCGCGUCUGUGACAGCAUCGCUCUCCUCGACAUGAUUGCGUCAUUCGCGCACGCAAGUUCCAUCCACGACUGGAAGAGACCUGAAAUAUCAGAAACUCUGGCCCUCAAAUCUGCCAGACAUCCAAUUCUGGACAAGAGUUCAAGAAGCCCAUUCGUCCCCAACGAUUAUUACGCCACCGAAGAAUAUCGCUUCCACGUUGUCACCGGAUGCAACAUGAGUGGGAAAACCACGUACAUCAGAAGCAUUGCCCUGCUCCAGAUCAUGGCUCAGGUUGGUUGUUUCGUGCCAGUCGAGUUUGCCAGUUUCCCGGUCGUCCACAACAUCUUUGCACGGGUCACGACAGACGAUCACAUUGAGACCAACAUGUCGACGUUUUCCCUGGAAAUGCGGGAGAUGGCAUUCAUUCUUAGCAAUGUCACCGACAGAAGUAUCGUCAUCAUCGAUGAGCUUGGUCGAGGCACGAGCACCCGGGAUGGGCUUGCUAUUUCAAUUGCCAUGGCUGAAGCCCUUAUCCAAAGUCGCUCACUCGUGUGGUUCGCGACACACUUCACAGAACUGGGUAACGGAACUCCAACUCCUAACUGGUGGGUUUCGCCCAGAACUGACAUCAAGCCAGCUGAUAUUCUUGCCGAUCGUCCCGAAGUGCUGAAUCUCCACCUCGUCACACAGGUUUCGACAACGGCUGACGACGUACCCAAAAUGACGAUGCUCUACAAAGUAGAGUCUGGCAAGAACAAGGAGCUUUUGUACGGUAUUUCGCUUGCAAAAGCCAUGGGUUUCCCGAAAAGGUUUCUCGAGGUGGCGGAACAAGUCGCCGUUUCGUUACGACAGAAGAGAGAACGAAACAAGCAGGGGUCUGAAGCAAGGAAGAUGCUCAACCGGCGCAAACUUAUACUCAACCUCCACGGGCAGCUGAGGCAAGCCAGUGAUUCCGAGUUGGACGAGGAUUCGUUGAGAAGCUACCUCAUCCGGCUCCGAGAGGAAUUCAUCUUGCGAAUGGAAGCUAUCGAGAAUGGAGGUAGCGGAGAAGAGAUCGGUGGCAGUGAGGCUAGGCCAGAUGACGAGGACGGUAUGUUUGACGAUGACGACGUAUUUGAUGCCGUUGACUUCGAGUCUUUGUCGAGCAGUUAG